AUGUCACUGGCACCGCUACCGGUAUACUGGAUCGAUGCGUCGACCAAGUACCUUGUGGCGCUCACAGCCGGCAAUAUCCUGCUGUUCAAUAAUGAAGACGGUGCAUUGAUUAGUGCGUUGGAUGCUCGCGUGGACGCAAGCGUCCACGUUGAUCCAAACUCGCCCGAAGUGGCGUGGGCCGCCGCGCCACGACUCUGCGCCAUCUCAAAGAACGAAGAAUUCAUUGCCGUUGCGUCGGAUGACAAGAUGCUGCAUGUUUGGCGUCCCGAUGCGCUUGAGUAUGGGCGCGAGGUGCUGCUGCAGCCGCUGAGCAAGCGCGCAAGUACCAUGCAGUGGACUAUUUGCGACUUGCGCAGCAUGCCGGGGCAGGAAGUGGUGGUUUCGGACAAGUUCGGUGAUGUAUGGAGCUUUCCUAUCGACAACUCUGAGCCAUGUAAGAAGUACGGGCCGAACCCUCCGCACGAUCCGGAACAGCUGGGGAUUCGGCCACGUUUGGGACACGUUAGUAUGAUCACCUCCAUGGCUUUUCUUGGCAACCCCGAGAUUGUGCCGGCGAGCAUUAUUACGGGUGAUCGUGACGAGCAUAUUCGGAUUUCCCGCUGGGGUGCGACGCGUGCUUCGAACGUGGUGCAACAGUACCUGAUGGGCUCCAAGAGCUUUAUCGGAGCGCUCGCCAUUGUGCCACGCAUCGCCGCGCAAUCGGUCAGUCUUUCGGUGCGCCGAGCCAUUCUGUCGUCUGAUGGCGGCACAACAAUUAGGAUAUGGACCGACGAGCUCUAUGAGUUUUCCUUGCGCAACGUGGCCAACAUUGAUCCCGCCCUAAUCCGGCCCUACGUCAAACUUGACGCAGAUGUCGAGCGAAGGCGCGAAAAGGCUGCUGGCGAUUGUGCAUUCAAGGGCGUCUUUUUCGCCGAGCCGAGCGGCGAGGAGCCGCCGCUCGUCAUCACGCGUCUCGUUGUUGUUCAGUCCUCCAACCAAUUCUGGGUGAUGGUGACCUGGGAAGGCGCGACGGCGUUUGCUUUUAUUCCCCUUUUGGCAAUUGCAAUGGCAAAAGAAAGCGAUAUGCUGAAACGCGAAGAUGUGCAUAUUUACGACGUUGGAUCGCCGAUCCUCAAUACCGCCAUCGUGUCUGGCUCGCACACAACCGUAUGGAUUGCCUGCGACGAUCGCGAGGGAUUUGGGCAGGGGCCGCCGCUGCGCAAGUACGGCAUUGAGGACGGAAAAUAUGUGCCAGAUUCGCGUAGCGACCCUUCGCCGCUUGCCGAGCUUACAGGCAAGCCGAGCGCCAUCGAUCCAACACUUACAGCACCGGCAGCAACGAAUGCGAAACUCACGGCCCUUCCACAUGUUCCCCGCGCCUUGGCGCCGCCCGAGACGCUCUCACAACUCUGCCUCUACUCAGCCCUGGUCACCCACCCCAAACCCACCUCGAUUGGUUUGCUGGACAAUGAAGGCGCGCCGUUUGCCAAGCCGCUGCUCGCGUCGAGCACGGAUGCCAAGAGCAAGAGCAUGAUUGUGCGCCAGCAGUCUGGGAAACGCGCCGCAGGCCGCGCAAAGAAUCAGGCGACGAUCUUGGAGCAGUACAACAGCCAGCCUUCCCGAUGA